AUGACGUGUGGGACUGGAAGCCACGUGCAGUUGACACGUCGGACAGAAAUUCUUGAUCCAGAUAUCUAUUCAACUGGACGAUCGAUCCUAUUAAACGCGAGCGCGCGCGCUGCCUCGCUGGUUGCCAAGCAGCGGGCCACCAGACUCGCGUCUCCUCUCCCCCGGCACAGGCACGGCACCGCAUCACACCACACCGCACAGAGCGCGCGGUCGAGAGGGAUGGCGUACGCGGCGAGCACGCCGGCGGUGCCGGACUGGCUGAACAAGGGUGACAACGCGUGGCAGCUGACGGCGGCGACGUUCGUGGGCAUCCAGUCCAUGCCGGGCCUGGUGGUCCUCUACGGCAGCAUCGUGAAGAAGAAGUGGGCCGUCAACUCCGCCUUCAUGGCGCUCUACGCCUACGCCUCCUCGCUCCUGGUGUGGGUGCUGGUGGGGUUCCGCAUGGCGUUCGGCGAGCGGCUGCUGCCCUUCUGGGGCAAGGCGGGCGUGGCGCUGACGCAGGACUACCUCGUCGGCCGCGCCAAGCUGUCGGCGACGGAGCGGGGGAGCACGCCGCUCGUGGAGCCCUUCUACCCGGAGGCGACGCUGGUGAUGUUCCAGUUCGAGUUCGCCGCCAUCACGCUCAUCCUGCUGGCGGGCUCCGUGCUGGGGCGCAUGAACAUCAAGGCCUGGAUGGCCUUCACGCCGCUCUGGCUCAUGCUCUCCUACACCGUCGGCGCCUUCAGCCUCUGGGGCGGCGGCUUCCUUUACCACUGGGGCGUCAUCGACUACUCGGGCGGCUACGUCAUCCACCUCUCCUCCGGCAUCGCCGGCUUCACCGCCGCCUACUGGGUGGGCCCGAGGCUGAAGAGCGACCGGGAGCGGUUCUCCCCGAACAACAUCCUGCUCAUGAUCGCCGGCGGCGGGCUGCUGUGGAUGGGGUGGGCCGGGUUCAACGGCGGCGCGCCCUACGCCGCCAACAUCACGGCGUCCGUGGCCGUGCUCAACACCAACGUCAGCGCGGCGACCAGCCUCCUCACCUGGACCUGCCUCGACGUCAUCUUCUUCGGCAAGCCGUCCGUCAUCGGCGCCGUCCAGGGCAUGAUGACCGGCCUCGUCUGCAUCACCCCCGGCGCAGGGCUGGUGCAGACGUGGGCGGCCGUGGUCAUGGGCAUCUUCGCCGGCAGCGUGCCGUGGUUCACCAUGAUGAUCCUGCACAAGAAGUCGGCGCUGCUGAUGAAGGUGGACGACACCCUGGCCGUCUUCCACACGCACGCCGUGGCGGGGCUCCUCGGCGGCAUCCUCACGGGGCUCCUGGCCACACCGGAGCUGAUGACGAUGGAGUCCUCGGUGCCGGGGCCCAAGGGCGCCUUCUACGGCGGCGGCAUCAAGCAGGUGGGCAAGCAGCUGGCCGGCGCGGCGUUCGUGAUCGUGUGGAACCUCGUGGUCACCACGCUCAUCCUGCUCGGCAUCGGGCUGUUCGUGCCGCUCCGGAUGCCCGACGACCAGCUCAUGAUCGGCGACGACGCCGCGCACGGGGAGGAGGCCUACGCGCUGUGGGGCGACGGCGAGAAGUUCGACGCCACGCGGCACGACGUGUCCAGGGGCGCCGGCGGCGAGAGGGAGAUGGGCACCGCGGAGCAGCGGCUCGCCGGCAUGGGAGCCAGGGGCGUCACCAUCCAGUUGUAG